CAGGGCGCCAGCCACUUCCCAGAGCUGAGCCCGGCGGCGUCAGCAGGAGCCCGGCUGGGCCCUGACCCGCAGAGAAGGACUGGAAACAGGGCCCUUCCCCGCCCAGCACACCACCAACUGCAGAGGAAGCCACAGGCAAGGGUGCCUGUGAGGAUCAGACAUGGGCCAGCGGGUGCCACCGAUGUGAUGUCCGCCCAGGAGCUUGCAGCCUGCCUCUGCCGGGAGGGGGACCAGCACCUGGUCCUGGGGGACCCACCCCUGGCCACGGCUUUCUAUCUGGCUGCCUUCAGCUGCCACGCUCCCUCGGCCCUCAGGAACAUUCGGGCAGCACUGGCUGAGGCCCGGGGGGCACCCGUGGUGACCACCCUGGAGGCCUGGUGCCGUGGGGACAGCCAGAUCCCGGCCGUCCACUGGGACGGCAUGGCGGUAGUCUCACUGACGGGGGCCCUGGCCUCUGCCUUCCUGGGGGCCCUCUACCCAAACCACCCAGCCGCCAUCCUGCACUCACUGGCCAGCCUGCUGGCCCGUGGGCAACACGGGGAGGUGGUACGGCGCUGCGACGCCCUGCUGGACACCCACUCACAGCAGGCCCUGGAGCUGCGGCUGACCCGCGCCCUAGCCCUCGUCCUGUCUGGGGACCCAGCAGGCCAGGGUAUGGCUCACUACCUGCAGGCCUUCGCCUCAAGCGCCAGCCGCACGGUGGCCUUCAUCCGCACCCACCAGCAGCCCUACAUCCCCACACUGCUCAGCACCCUGCAGAGAUGCAUCUCGGGGCACACAGAGGCCACAGACAGCACCAACCAGCAGGACACUGGCUGCCAGGGACUCCUGACGGCCCUGGACCCCAGCGGGUCCUGGAGCGAUGCCCCGUCUCCUGACGCCCUGCUGCUCCACGGCAGGUAUGAGGACUGCCUAGCCACGUGCAGCCAGGCCUUGCAGCCUGACGCGACGGGCAGCGGACCACAAGGUGAGCGCCGGGCCGCCCUGCUGGUCACCCGCGCUGCAGCGGCCUUGCGCAUGGGCGGCCGGGUCCCAGACCUGCUGCGGGACCUGCACGAGGCCUUCGGCGAGAGCACCCGCGCAGCGCGGCGCCAGUUCCAGGCGGUGCUGUCGGCCGCGGACCAGGAGCGCGUGCGGGCCCUGGCGCAGGACGCCGCGGACCAGGGCUUCACCCGCUUCCAGGAAGCUGUGCGCGGCCGCCCCGAGCUCCGCGAGGACGCGGGCCGCGAGCUGCUAGCGCCGGCGACCUGCGCACUCCGCGUGCUGCUCCGCGUGGCGCCACCCGCGGCGCGACCCGCGCUGGCCGCCCGCCUGGCCGAGAGCCUCCUGCUGGCCGGGGACGCGGCGGGCUCCCGCGCGCUGUGCGAGCGCCUCCUGAGGCCGCAGCGCGCCGGGGACCCGGCGGGGGACCGUGCGCCCCUGCUCGCCCUGCGCGGCUUCUGCGCGCUGCACACGGGUGACGAGGAACGCGCGCGCGAGGACUUCCAGGCGGUGGUGGCACGGGGGCCGCCGUCCCUCGAGAGCUGCGUGCGCGCGCUGUGUGGCCGCGGACUCGUGCGCGUGCUGGCGGGCAGCGCGUUCCUGGGCGCGCUCGACUAUGUCACUGCGUGCCGCCUGCGGCCGGAGGAGGCGCUGCUGGCCACCAAGUCCCUGGUGCCCUGGAACCAGCGUGGGCUGCUGCGGACCGUGCUGCGGGAGGAAGGUCGCAACAUGCUGCUGCGCGCGCGGGGUCUGGGCUGCCGGAGCCGGGCCGCGGACACGCACGGACCCGGGGCGCAGGAAGGGGACGCCCAAGGUGUGCACCAGCUAGCCUCGCUCCUGGUGGAGCUGGACCCAGAGGAUGAGGCCUCACGCCUCCUGGCAGCCGAUGCCCUGUACCGCCUGGGCCGCCUGGACGAUGCCCACAAGUCCCUGCUGGUGGCCCUGUCCCGGAGGCCCCCGGCAGCAGCAGUCCUGGUGCGGCUGGCCCUGCUGCAGCUACGCAGGGGAUUCUCCUACGAUGCCAACCAGCUGGUGAAGAAGGUGGUUCAGACCGGGGACACAGCCUGCCUGCAGCCCAUCCUGGACAUCUUCAGCCAUGAGGACCGGCAGCUGCUGCAGGGCCACUGCCACGCAAGGGCCCUGAGCAUCCUGCGAGCACGGGCAUGCGGGGCAGACAGCAGGACCCACACCCGGGAGGCCAUCGCCUACCUCUCUCUGGCCAUCUUUGCCGCAGGGAGUGAAGCCAGCGAGUCCCUCCUGGUCCGGGCCCGCUGUUACGGGCUCCUGGGCCAGAAGAAGACGGCCCUGUUCGACUUCAACUCUGUGCUGCGGGCCGAGCCAGGGAAUGUGCAGGCUCUGUGUGGACGCGCCCUCGUGUACCUGGCCCUGGACCAACCACAGGAAGCUGUGGACGAUGUCGCCUCUGCCCUGAAGCUGGACCCCGGGACUGUGGUCACUGAACUCCGCUCUCUGAAGCCAGAAGCCCAGCUGCUGCUCACUCAAGGCCUUCACACCCACUGCCGGGCCCUCCUGAGCCAGCUGCUGGAUGCCGGGGGACCCCUCGCAGACGAGGAUGCCCAUGGUCUCCUUGCCAUGGGGGACGCACUGACCACAGUGGAUGCUGCACAGCCAGACUGGCACAUCUUCCUUGCAGACACCCUCACGGCACUGGGUAGGUAUGAGGAGGCUGUUGCCCGCCUGCAACCAGCCCUACAGGCCUCUCCACCAUCAGCAGCGGCCCAAGCCCGGAGAGGCCUACUCCAGUUCAAGAAAGGGGAUGUGGCCACUGCUGCCCUGGACCUGCAGUGCCUGGCAGAGACAGAUGCCCAAGACCUCAGUUUCCUGCUUUGUCUCCUGCAGCCCUGGGAGCAGCAGAGACUCACCCAGGCCGCGGCCCAAGAAGCCAGCACCCUCCUGGAUGCAGGGCAGCCCGAGAAGGCGCUGGGCUACUGCUCGCUGGCUGUCCUGGCUGGGGGCAGCCUUACCUGUCACCUGCGUCUACGAGCCACCUGCCUGGGCCAGCUGCGGCAGUUUGGCCGGGCCCUCAGGGACCUGGAUCGAGUGCUGCAGGAGGGUGGCGAGGACAGUGACCUGCCAGGGCGGGCAGAGGACUUCUGCUCUAGGGGCCGCCUGCUACUGGGCCUGAGGGACAAGGAGGGGGCUGUGGGGGCCUUCACCCAGGCUCUCGAGCUGUCGCCUGCUGUGGCCCGGCACAGCUUAUGGGAACAGCCAGGUCAAGCCCAUGCUGCCCAUGUGUUCCUGCAUUUUGGGCAGCGCUGCCUGGAGGAACAGCGCUUCAAAGAGGCCUGGACAGCGGCCCGGAGUGGCCUCCUGGUGGCCCCUGACCAUGGUGGCCUGAAGAAGCUAAAGGCGAGAACCCAGAGAGAGGCUUCUUCUGGCUGCCAGCUGCACUGAUUCAGCCGGUCCUCUGCAGGACCUGACCGCAGGCCCUCAUCUUCUUCGCCUUGGGAUGCAUUGGCUCCUGGAUUACUGAGCUGCUCUCCUCACCUGCCAGCCUCCCACCCCUUUUCCUUAGGAAUUAAGGGCAGACAGGGAGAGCUCCUGCAUGGCGAGAAUCCUGUCCCACUGGGGCUCGACCCCUACCACGGUGGUCAUCCUGGGGUCCCCUUGGCCCAGGCCUUGGUCCAGCUCCAGGAUGCUGAGGGAUUGGAUAGCAUCAAGAGCAGACCCUGUGGCCCUGGGGAAGAUGUGCCAGCCCAAAUGGGCCCUGUGGGCACAGAGCUGCCCUUAGGCUCAGCCCUGACCUGAACCCCAAGACAGUCUCCCCAUCCAUGCUGCCCACCUUGGGAGAUGGCCCUGGGAGGUCGUCCUCCAACAGGACUCCACCCCAGCCCACCCCACCUUCCAUGAGGAGACCCUCAGCUUCUAUUUGGUAUUCGUUCUGCCCACGAGGGAGGUCAAAAUGUUCUGCCAGGUGGGUUAAACGUGCCUGGCACGCGUGCUUCCUGUGUGUGUUUGGGAACCCUGGCCCUGUCCUUCCUGUCAGUAUCACGAAGCAGGGCCCUCGCUGGAGGGUUUUCACUGUGUCCCUGAACCUGCGGAACACUGGGCAGGCCAGCUGGGCGUGAAGCAACCCUCCCACGGCUCCUGCCUGUGUCUUCCCAUCUGGGUGCCCACUGGCCUCUGCCCGGCUGCCCCAUCCUCCCAUGGUCUGGACCUAGCCACCAUCACAUCCCUGCUCGCUUCCUGGGCUCCGCAGGCCAACGUCUGGGCUGUGGUGGGAGUGGCCCCACCUUGUCCUUCCCUGGGCAGCAGUAGGAGUGGCCUGGGGGGAUGACAGCCUUUCCCUCCACAGGCUCCACCGCUCCCGUUGUGCACCAUGUAGGGCAUCCUCAGCCCUCUGCUGUCUUUGCCCACCAGUGCCACCCAAGACCUGCUGGGCUUCAUCACAAGGGACUGGGCAAGGGCCUAGUGUCCCCCACCUCAAGGACAGAGUGGUCAGAAGCCCAGAGACAAGGCGCCCGCGGGUGCUCAAACCAGUAUCCCCACCUGCCUUCCGCACUCCAGGGGCUCCCAGUGCUGCUCCUCACCACACUGCACCAGCUGGCCAGCCCUGUCCACCCAUCUCCAUCUGUACUCAGUGGGACGUCGGACAUUUGCCAACAGCCCCAGGAACCAGGGGCACGUGGAUUAGGGAUGCAGAGCCUCAUAUGAGCUCAGGUUUGGGGACACCUGGGGUGUGAGCUCAGGUAGGCCAGAGCUGAGGACGAGGCCCAGCCCUCAAGCUCCACGACCGGCCGAGACAGCGCCAGGCAGCCUCUGGGGGCUGCCCUCCCGCCCUGUGCCUUGCUCCCAUCCUCCCACCUGGGGUGUCCUGCCCUCUGGGUCCACACAGGGACAUUGGGGAGCUGGCCACACCAUGUGUGCAAAUACCCAACCAGCCCAGCUCACGCUUCCUGACCCCUCAGGACAGCAGUGCUACCCACAGUUCCUCUGGCAGCGGCCCUGGGUCAGAAUGUAGAUGUUGUGAUUCUCACCUUCUCCAGGGUAGUAUUAAGAGGUGAAGGUUUUGGGAGGUGAUCAGGGCCUAAAGAGCGGGGUUUGUACCUGAAUGGGAUCCAUAGAAACGGGACAUGGAGGUGCCAGCUGUAAUCCCAGCUCCUCGGGAGACUGAGGCCAGGGGGUCUCAACUUCAAGGCUGGCCUGGGAAACUGUCUCAUAGUAAAAAGCGUGGGCAGGUAGCCCUGGGGUAAGAGCA